AUGGCAGACAUCACUGGAGACUAUUUACCAUUUGUGUAUUAUGAAUAUCUUCAAGGCCAGUUUUGUGACUAUUGCAAUUCUGAGGACCCCAGGAAAGCACAUCCAGCCACCAAUGCAAUCGAUGGAUCUGAACGUUGGUGGCAAAGCCCUCCGCUCUCCUCAGGUACACAGUACAACAGAGUCAACCUCACCUUGGAUCUGGGUCAGCUAUUCCAUGUGGCCUAUGUUUUAAUCAAAUUUGCAAAUUCUCCUCGCCCUGAUCUUUGGGUUUUGGAAAGAUCUGUGGACUUUGGAAACACCUACUCACCAUGGCAAUAUUUUGCUCAUUCUAAAGGAGACUGUUUGGAACAAUUUGGGCAGGAGGCAAAUGUGGCUAUCACCCAGGAUGACGAUGUACUUUGUGUUACUGAAUAUUCCCAUAUUGUACCUUUGGAAAAUGGUGAGGUUGUGGUGUCCUUGAUAAAUCGGCGUCCAGGUGCAAAAAAUUUUACUUUCUCUCACACCCUGAGGGAAUUUACCAAAGCAACAAACAUCCGCUUGCGUUUUCUCAGAACCAACACUCUUCUUGGACACCUCAUCUCCAAAGCACAGCGAGAUCCAACUGUUACUCGGCGGUAUUAUUACAGCAUAAAGGAUAUCAGCAUUGGUGGGCGGUGUGUCUGCCAUGGCCACGCUGCAGUGUGCAAUGCAAAUAAUCCUGAAAACCUGUUUCGGUGUGAAUGCCAGCACCACACGUGCGGGGAGACGUGCGAUCGCUGCUGCGUGGGGUACAAUCAGAGGCGCUGGCGGCCGGCCACGUGGGAGCAGACCAAGCUGUGUGAAGCAUGCAACUGCCACGGCCACGCCAUCGAUUGUUACUAUGAUCCGGAUAUUGAGCAGCAGCAGGCAAGCUUGAAUAUCCAAGGCAUCUAUGCAGGUGGAGGGGUCUGCAUUAAUUGUCAGCACAACACAGCUGGUGUAAACUGUGACAAGUGUGCUAAGGGCUAUUACCGCCCUUAUGGGGUUCCAGUUGACUCCCCCCAUGGCUGCAUCCCUUGCAGCUGUAACCCUGAGCAUGCAGAAGACUGUGACCAGGGCUCAGGCCGCUGCCACUGCAAGCCAAAUUUCCAGGGAGACCACUGUGAGGAGUGUGCGCCAGGAUACCACCACUUCCCACUCUGCUUACGAAUUCCCAUUUUUCCUAUUUCUACUCGAAGUCCAGAAGAUCCAGAAGCUGGAGAUAUAAAAGAGUGCGACUGUAACUUGGCGGGUGUUCUCCCUGAAAUAUGUGAUGCCCGUGGCAGGUGCCUGUGCCGCCCUGGGGUUCAGGGCCCUCGGUGUGAUACCUGCUGCUCUGGUUUCUACUCAUUCCCUAUUUGCCAAGGACACAGUGAGAAGGUGGCUAUCUGCAAGCCAGGAAGCAGAUCCUCAGCAGAAACCAAAUCGGCCAGUACCUUGAUCUUGGACUUCUAG